AUGGCAGCAGAAUGGCUCUGGCUGGAACCGUCGUGGCAGCCGUUCAACGAUGGAAGUAGCGGGUGGAGCAGUAGCGGCAGAAGCAGCAGCGGGGGAAACGCGAAAGACUGCUGCUGCUUGCCAUCUGACCAGUUCGACUCGACCAGUGAACCAAAGGAGGUGACGGUCGUCAAUACGAGGUUUGGACCCAUUCACGUGACGGUCGUCGGGGAUAGGAGCAAGCUGCCGCUUAUCACGUAUCAUGACAUUGGCAUGAACCACAAGAUGUGCUUCGGUCCGCUGAUGCGCUGCCCCGACACGGCGCCCAUGCUGCGCCACCAUUUCUGCUUCUUCCACAUCGACGCACCAGGUCACCAGGACGGCGCGCGGCAUCUGCGCGGAUCCGCGUCCCACGGCACGGCGCAGGACAUGGUGGACCAAGUCGCUGACGUCAUCAACGCGCUCAGGCUGAUGGACGUCACGUGCAUGGGCGUCACAGCGGGCGCGUACAUCCUCACGCUGCUCGCGCUGCGCCAUCCGUGUCUCGUGCGCUCGCUCAUCCUCAUCUCGCCGCUCUGCCGCCCCCCUUCCUGGGCCGAGUGGGGCGCGUCCAAGGUGCUGGUGUCGUCCCUGUCCCUCGUCGGCGCAGCUUCCGCCAUUGCCUCCGCUGCCCUCAUGCAGCGAUACAUCCCCCUCGCCCAGCGCGCCAAGCCCAAUCAACGGCCGUCCACCCCACAGCUCACAGCCAUUCAAGAGGGCAUGCGGGGCAUGGCAGCAGACGCCAUGGUGCAGUACAUCAGAGUCAUGGACCAGCGCAAGGACCUGACGGGGCAGCUGGCGGGGAUGCGGUGUCCGUGCCUGGUGGUGGUGGGGGAGAUGUCGCCCUUCCGUGAUGACGCCCUGCACCUGCAUGCCCACCUCCCCCGCCGCCUCGCUGCCUGGUUCCAGUGA